AUGGGCAGGGAAUCCGUCCAAAAAAGUGGGUUUAUACGUCACAGGGCUUUUCAUGGACUUUUAAAGCGGGGAAGCAGCAAGGGUAGCAUGAAAACAAACAACGCGUUUAAGGGAUACAGAAAAUGGUGGAAGUGCUCCCCGAAGGAACUAAAACCGGACCCCAAGCACAGAAGUGGCCAUAGGGUUAUUUAUGGGGCAGAGAUAUCAGUUGCGGCGGCCCUCGUAUUGUGCUUUGCGAUGUUGAUGCUGCUAUUGAUGGUGAAAGAAGUGGGGCUAACAACGAGACACUGCGCCAGGUGGGAAUUUUGGACUCUCCUUGCAAGCGGUGGACGAAGCUCAGUGAUCCGACUGGCACGCGACGCGGGAUCUCGUAUCCUUCAAUGGAUAUAA